GACCACCUUGCGUAUGGAAGUAUGGCGGCUCCAGCGAUACAACUGCUCCUCGGACAAAGUUUAUUGCUCAGGAUUUCCCGUGAGAGCGAUGAAUAGGUACGCGAACCGGGGGGACGGCGAAUGUAAACGGAGGGAAGGACUUCCGGAAAGAGUCGUCGGCCUCUGGCCGGCUGAGGUCCCUCGAGCUCCCCUCGCCGCCUCGAUUGAAGCGCUUUCGGUCCGGGUACCACAUGAGAAGAAACUCCACAAGACGGGAAGAAGGGACGCGGAAGUUUAGCAAACGCACUGAGCACGCCGAACUCUCCUCUCCUCAACGUGUGGCGUCCGCACAUGUGUUUUUAAAGACUUUUCUUUCCGAGGGCACUUAUCCGCGCGUGUCCAUAGCGACCCAGCGAGGACCAACUGUUGAGGGGUCGAUGUACAUUUCAAGGCUCCUGCGCCGCGUACCAGCACCACCAGCUACCGUCGGUUAGCCUCCAUGGCUAGCUUCAACAUUAGCCCCUGGUCGCGAUCUAACCCACUGUAUAAGCGUUUCAAUGUUACUUUGAAAUGCCCUUCUUUGACCUCUGAAGCCCUCAGGAUCCAUUAAUGCCAAAUAAACUGAGACAUACUGGAGUGACACGGAUCUGCACAGCUGACCCGCGGGACCCAUACUCCAGGAGAGGACGGACCAAGCCGGGAAAAGGGCUCCCGGUCUUCUCCCGAUCCCGUCCCUACUUGGUGGCCAACUUUUGGAAGGUGACCAACUCCAGUCCAGUUUGGAGAGUCCCGGCUGCGGCCUGGCACCCUGCCCUUAUGGGGCAGCAGCCGGGGAAGUUUGUCGGGGACCAGAGGAGACCUAGUCUGCCGGCCUUCAUCCGAGGUGGAAGGAGAGAGUCCUCGCGCCAUGGCACCCAGCCCUGUAACGUUUUUGUUGUGCACGAAGCUCUCCAGAGACCAGACUUUGACAGUCAGGGUCUGACCGACGCGGCACGCUGGAACUCCAAAGAGAACCUGUUGGCUGGACCCAGCGAGAAUGACCCCAACCUCUUCGUCGCACUCUAUGAUUUCGUGGCCAGCGGCGACAACACGCUCAGCAUUACGAAAGGAGAGAAGCUACGUGUGCUGGGCUACAACCACAACGGCGAGUGGUGCGAGGCACAGACCAAGAACGGCCAGGGUUGGGUGCCGUCCAACUACAUCACCCCUGUCAACAGCUUGGAGAAGCACAGCUGGUACCAUGGGCCCGUGUCACGCAACGCCGCCGAGUACCUGCUCAGCUCGGGCAUCAACGGGAGCUUUCUGGUGCGGGAGAGCGAGAGCAGCCCCGGCCAGAGGUCCAUUUCUCUGCGCUACGAGGGGAGGGUCUACCAUUACAGGAUUAACACAGCGUCCGACGGCAAGAACCUCUUUCUCCUGCAGCUGUACGUCUCGUCGGAGAGCCGCUUCAACACGCUGGCGGAGCUGGUGCACCACCAUUCCACGGUGUCCGACGGCCUCAUCACCACGCUGCACUACCCGGCGCCGAAGCGCAACAAGCCCACCAUCUACGGAGUCUCUCCCAACUACGAUAAGUGGGAGAUGGAACGCACCGACAUCACCAUGAAGCACAAGCUGGGAGGGGGCCAGUACGGGGAGGUGUACGAGGGGGUUUGGAAGAAGUACAACCUCACCGUGGCUGUCAAGACGCUAAAGGAGGAUACAAUGGAGGUGGAGGAGUUUCUUAAGGAGGCAGCUGUCAUGAAAGAGAUCAAACAUCCCAACCUGGUACAACUUUUGGGUGUGUGCACACGGGAACCACCGUUCUACAUUAUAACAGAGUUCAUGACCCAUGGUAACCUACUAGACUACCUGAGGGAGUGCAACAGAGAGGAGGUCAAUGCAGUGGUGCUGCUCCACAUGGCCACACAGAUCUCCUCCGCUAUGGAGUACCUGGAGAAAAAAAACUUUAUACACAGGGACUUGGCUGCCCGUAACUGUCUGGUCGGGGAGAACCACCUGGUAAAGGUUGCGGACUUCGGCCUGAGCCGGCUAAUGACUGGAGAUACCUACACGGCUCACGCCGGGGCCAAGUUCCCCAUCAAGUGGACCGCUCCGGAGAGUCUGGCCUACAACAAGUUCUCCAUUAAAUCCGAUGUCUGGGCAUUUGGUGUGCUGCUGUGGGAGAUUGCUACCUACGGCAUGUCUCCCUACCCGGGCAUUGACCUGUCCCAGGUGUACGAGCUGUUGGAGAAAGACUACCGCAUGGACCGACCAGAGGGCUGCCCCGAGAAGGUCUACGAUCUCAUGUGGGACUGCUGGAGGUGGAACCCCUCAGAACGUCCGUCUUUUGCUGAGACACACCAAGCUUUCGAGACCAUGUUCCAGGAGUCGAGCAUCUCGGACGAGGUGGAAAAGGAACUCGGCAAAAAAGGGAAGAAGGCAACAUUAGGUCCCACCCAGAAGGCUCCAGAGCUGCCCACCAAAACAAGAACUCUCCGCAAAAACAUGGAUAACCGGGAUGGAGACAGUCCAGACCCACUGGAGCCGGACGUGGCUGUGCCGUCACCCAUGCUCCCCAGGAAGGAGCGUACCUUCCUGGACAGCAACCUGAAUGAGGACGACCGCUUGAUACCCAAAGACAAGGACAAGACUCGAGGCAGUGGCUUUCUCAGUCUCAUAAAGAAAAAGAAAAAGAAUGCUCCAGCUCCACCCAAACGCAGCUCCUCCUUCAGAGAGAUGGACAUCCACCCCGACAGGCGGGGCACCACUUCAGAUCUCCGGGACGGCGACGGCUUCAACAACGGCGCCUCUCUGGCCGUCAAUGACAUCACGCAAGGCCUCGACUCGGCAAAGUUCCUGAGUAACAACAACGGGGCGGGGGGCAUCACCAACGGGGCUCCCACCUACCCGGGACCUUUGUUUCCCCGGAAGAAGGGAGCUCCUGCAGUGCCCGGCCCCGGAGGGAAAGCGGCAACUACGCCGCCAAGUGAGGAAGAGUCGUCCAUGUCCAACUCGAAGCGCUUCCUCUGGUCCUCCAGCAUGCCGACUGGCAGGGACGGCACUGAAUGGAAGUCUGUCACACUGCCGCGAGACCUCGGCCAGCGCCACUUUGACUCGGGCACCUUUGGGGGCAAGCCCGCUCUGCCCCGCAAGAGAACCAGUGAGCAAAAAGGGGAGACCGCCCCUCGAAAGGGCACCCUGACUCCCCCGCCGCGCCUGAACACCUUAUCGGACGUGCCGUCGCCCGAUCCGAGUUCGGGUUCCAGUCCCCAGGCGUUGACGCCGAAGGUGGUCGGGAGGCCGGGGCUGCCGGGCUUGGAGAACUCCAGGACCAGCGCUCUCCACGCCGAGCUUCUCAAGCCCAACGUGUUCCCCGCCUUGGGGGCAGCUGGAGAGGAGUGCAGGGCCCGCCGACACCGGCACCUUGGGGACCCUUCGUCGGCCAGGGAGAGAGCAAAGUUACAGAAACCCAAGCCGGCUCCGCCUCCGCCACCCGCCAAUGCCAAAUCGGGCAAGAUGUCCCGCAGCCCCACUCAAGAUCUGCCCUCGCCCUCCACCUCCGAGAGCAAAGCUAAGGGCCUCCCCUCUCUGUCGGAGCCCCACCACGCCACGACCACGGUCAGUGACCAAGCCCGCUCGCCCCUCAGUGAGGGCUCCAAGAAGCUGCCCCCGGGCUCCACCUCCAAACCUCAGCCGUUAAAGACCCCCACUUCGGUGACCACCUCCCUCUCCAGCCCGGGCGACCUCAGCUCGACCCCCGCUUUCAUCCCCUUGGUGGACACCCGACGCUCCCUUCGCAAGACGGCGCCGCGCCAGGCCUCCGAGCGCACCCCCAACUCGGCCGUGACGCGCAACAUGGUGCUCGAGGGCGUCGAGCUGCUUCGCGCCGCCAUUUGCCGCAACUCUGAGCAGACGGGUAGCCACAGCGCCGUGCUGGAGGCCGGCAAGAACCUGUCCAAGUACUGCUGGAGCUACGUGGACUCCAUACAGCAGAUGAGGAACAAGUUUACCUUUCGCGAGGCCAUCACCAAGCUGGAGAACAGCCUGCGCGAGCUGCAGAUCUGCCCCACCACCACGGGGGGCGCCAGCGCCCAGCAGGACUUCAGCAAGCUGCUGUCCUCCGUCAAAGAGAUCGGGGACAUUGUUCAGAGGUAGCGCAGCAACAACAACAAAAAAAAAGGACCCCAACUACCAAGAUAUAAAACUGACACGAACUGUAUCUGUAGCUUUUAUGUCUGCGAGCACAAACUGCGGCAGCCGGCUUGUGCUGGAGGUCAGAGGUGAAAGGCCCCGUGAGAGCAGCACUCUGAAACCCUUUCAGGCUGCGUGUCACUGUGGCUUGAACCCCUCCGUCGACGACGUCUGUAAAAUUGAAAAAGCCUUAACCACGAAAGAACAGUUUCUUUGGCCUUUUUGCCAGAGGCGAGGGGCCCCGGUAUUUCAUCAACAUGACUUUUCAGCAAUCAUUUUUGAAAUGAUCAUGUCUUAUGUAUUCUAGUUGUGUUUUGUCCCUUUAUCGAUGACGGCUUGUGAUAUUUGUUUCCACCACUGUUAGUGUUUUUUGUUUUGAUCGACGCCAGUGACAAUGAGCAAAAACAAAACCCUCAACCUCAAAAGUUCUAAUGAAGCCUUUUUAAGACAAAAAAAAAUGAUGUCAUAGUUUCCAUUGUCAGCUUCUGGAAUCCCAGUGUUAGAACCCCGACGCCUCUGUCCAACACGUCCCAUCAUUUUGCAAUCAAAGUGCCACUGAUUGUCCCGUACGAGUAGAAUGCUUCUCGUGCCAUAAAGUAACAACGGGAGCAAACGAAUGAGGCUGAUGGCCUCAGUCUCUUUGGUAACAUAGUGCCUUAAAACGCCAUUGAUGGAGCUUUACGCAUGUUGAUUUGUUUAUCGGAUGUGUGAUUGUCAUACCAAAAAACCUUUUGUCUCCGGUUCGUACUGGAGAGGGGACCAGGGUGCAUGAUCUGCUACUCAGCUGAUCCGACUGUUUUGUCGUCCUAGGACUUGUCUUAUUUUUAUUCAACUGAUCCAACUUUGUCACCAAAAGCCAUCAGUAGCGGCUCGGCCUUGCAGCAGCACGCUGUCCGACCUGUGAGGAGGGGAGGGAGGGGUCACAGGCGGAGUUUUUCUUCUGGCCGUUGAGAGAAGCCGUGUCAGAGGGCUCAUGUCACAGGGCCUUAAAUGCUGUUUGAGGCCUUUUUUCCCACCCCAGCAGAAAACAAUUAAAUAUAUAUGUAUAUACAUAUAUAUAUCCUGGGGGAAACACUGGACUGAAAUGUUUAUGGAGCCUUCACCUGCUGUCCUACGAGAGUGAGAAGCUGACCAUAAGAGUAGUAGAAGCCUUAGAUUCCACUGUAACGUCACACGUUCCUGAAUGCUCGUCAGUGACAGUGGGACACGCUCAGUGUUCGUGCUGUAAUCCACAGCCCAUGCGCCCGAUCCGACUGCGAUGCCUGUCCACACAAGUCAGCUGCCUUGACUUCCACAUGGUACUGUCAGUGUUGGCUCUUUAUUUUAUAUUCUGCUCCGUAUCACCAUACCACUACUCAUCUUUAAUGUCAAAGCCUCUUCACCAAUUUG